AUGCAUCUGAGUUGUCGGAGCAAACCCGAGCUGAAUGCUGCUCACAGGCCGAAUCCAGCUUUGACAGCCAGGCGGCAGUUCAUGUGGAGUUGUCUCGGUGCAUCGUCAUCGCCGUGUCGCUAUGUCACUUGCUUCUCAUUGAUGUUUGAGGCUGUCAUGCCAUCAUCACCAGCUGGUGAGGACGAAGCUCAGGAUGUGCCGGCCGUGAUCGACACUUACACUUCCACACGGCUUCAUACGGUUUCAUGCGAUGUGCAUGGCUUCCAAAAUCUUUCACACAAAGUGCAUGGGCUCAGGGCCUCUGAAUCGCACAGCUCUCUUUUCGGUUCCAACGGGCAGCCCAUCUUGGCUGGUGCUGCGGGGUGCCGAGGUUUAACCUUUGUGUAUCACCUGGAUUGGACCUGCAAGCAGUAG